GCUCGCACGGGGAUCUGGAGGACGCCGUCCACUUGCUGCUCUAAAAUUGAACCACAGGUUCCAUGAUGGGUCGACUUGAUGGGAAGAUCAUCGUCCUGACCGCUGCUGCUCAGGGGAUUGGGAGGGCAGCUGCCAUAGCUUUUGCAAGAGAAGGUGCCAAAGUCAUAGCCACAGAUAUCAAUGAGUCCAAACUUCAGGAACUGGAAAAGUACCCUGGUAUUCAGAUUCGGACCCUUGAUGUCACAAAGAAGAAACAAAUUGAUCAGUUUGCCAAUGAAGUUGAGAGACUUGAUGUUCUCUUUAAUGUUGCUGGUUUUGUCCAUCAUGGAACCAUCCUGGACUGUGAGGAGAAGGACUGGGACUUCUCAAUGAAUCUCAAUGUCCGCAGCAUGUACCUGAUGAUCAAGGCAUUUCUUCCUAAAAUGCUUGCACAGAAAUCUGGCAACAUUAUCAACAUGUCCUCUGUGGCUUCUAGCCUCAAAGGAGUUGUGAACAGAUGCGUGUACAGUACCACGAAGGCGGCCGUGAUUGGCCUCACAAAGUCUGUGGCUGCAGAUUUCAUCCAGCAGGGCAUCAGGUGCAACUGUGUUUGUCCAGGAACAGUUGAUACCCCAUCUCUACAAGAAAGAAUACAAGCCAGACCAAAUCCUGAAGAGGCACUGAGCUCUUUCCUGAAAAGACAGAAGACUGGAAGAUUUGCAACCGCAGAAGAAGUAGCCCUCCUCUGUGUGUAUUUGGCUUCUGAUGAAUCUGCCUACGUAACAGGUAAUCCUGUCAUCAUUGAUGGAGGCUGGAGCUUGUGA